UCGCUCUGACAAUGGCGGCGCCGAGCGGAGCGGAGCUCCAGUUGCCGGGAUGAAACCUGGAUACCGGGGUGGGCUGCCACCGCGGCACACGGCACCAGGUGUUGGAAUGGAAGGGGACCUCCCUUCAGGGGACUCUCUCCCUAUUAACCCCAGGAAUUCAGUAAAUACAACAGGUUCUGCCUCAGAAAGUCACCUUGAACAGUGGCGAAGCAGUCUGAAACCUAAACCUUCAUUAGAGAAUGUUACCUGUGCAAAAUCCAUUGGAGAUUCAAAGAUGAACUUCGGGAAAAUGCAAGAGUUUGCUUCAGCAAAUGCAGCAAGAUAUAAAACCACUCCUACAAAAGCUAUUCAUGCACUUCCAACACUGAAUGGCUCUGUCAAAACUAUUACAAAUGUGGAUCUGGAGAAUGCUACCAUUCAGAAACAACGCAAUGAGUUACAGCUGCUUGUGGUGGAACUAAAAGAUCGGGAUAAGGAGUUAAAUGAAAUGGUGGCUGCGCAUCAGAAGCAGCUGCUGGCGUGGGAGGAGGAUCGAAUGCGUAUACUCAGCUUAGAAGAGAGAUGUGCCAAAGUGGAGCAUGAACUGCGAAACAGGAAUGAGAUGAUCAGAAAUUUAAGUACACAGCAUAAGAUUUUGGAAUCUCAACAAGUUGAUUGUGUAAAAACGCUCAAUUGUACUCAACAAAAGCUGAAGGAAAUGUCUGAAAAAGCAGCAGGGUAUGCCAAAAACUGUGAAGAGUUGGAGGACAGGAAGAAAAGUCUAAACUCCUCUGUGAUGGAGCUGUCUGCCCAGGUGGGGCAGUUACAAGCACGGGAACAGGAGCUCACUACAAUGCUAGAAUUAAAGGACAAAGACAUGGUUGAAGCUAGCAAUCACGUCAUGGACCUUACAGCUAGAUUUAAAACCUUGGAAGGUGCACUACGAGAAGCCAGAUUAAAUGAGACAAAUUCAAGGAAAGAGGUUCACGACUGCAAGCAGCAUUCAAAAAAAUUACGGCAUGAAAUCUGCAAACUUAGGGAUGAGUUGGAUGAAAAAACAGUAGAAAAUAAUGAACAAAGGGAAGAAAUUAUUCGCCUUAAACAAGAGAGACAGUAUCUGGGAAAUGAGCUCACAUUAGCUGUUGAACGGGAGAAGAGAAAAGAUCAGAUUCUGGAACUGGCAAAAUCUAAACAGGAGAGAGCUGAUACUGAACUGCAUGGUCUUCGGCAGGUAAAUGAAAAGCAACAACAUGACUUGCAGCUCCUUCAUUUGAAUCUCGAAAGUUCUCAGGAAUUGAUUCAAAGGCAGGAAGAGAAAAUUCUUGAAAUUAGUUCUGGUGGAUUUUUCUCACAGAACAACAAUGGACAGAAUAAGGGAACGGGACAAGAACAUCAGAAUAACAUGGUUUUUAAAAAAUGGACAAAAGAGUCGACCAAAGAUUUUAAAACAGAAUCCAUAACCAAUAGACACAUAGAAGCAGCAGCCAAAUCAACUCAGAACCUUGAUGCUGAAUUUAUUCCAAUUGGUACUAAAGAACAGGGCCAUUUAUCGGUCACAGAAGAUCGCAAUACUCUCAACUGUAGAAAUUACAGCUCAUCAGAUUUUGCAAAUGGUGAUUGUGCUAAUGGUCAAGUUGCCUUUCCUCUUGAGUUUGAUCAGUAUACUAAUGCAAAUCUGAAAGGGAAGACCAAGAGUCUUCACUGUAAUACCAAUGAGCCUAAUAAGCAUCCUACAAAAUAUGUUGAGCCAAAGCAAGACUGCAGAUAUACAAGAGCAAAUGAUUGUGGCUCACCUCAGGGAAGAGAAAACGACGUGCAGCAAGUGUCAAGGAAGCAAAAGUGGAGAGUUGAAGGAUUUGUGGAUGGCAGCAUGAUGGAACAUGAGAACGUAGCAUACAUGAAUACCGAUCACUGCAGUCCCAGCUGCGGCACCUCUUCCCAUUGCAAAGCCGGCGCAGUCAGCACAUCAACGGACACUCAUCACUCUCUUUGUUCAAAGCUAAGUGCAACCUCUGUUGCAUCAACAAAAGAAUUGGGAAAGGCUUCUGAGAAUCAUAACCUGGAAGACAAAUAUAGUAAUGAAAUGAUUGAAUGUGGAAUAAAUGAAGAAAUGCCUCCAUUGCCUGCAGAGAAUGAAACUGACCGGGAGGCUUCAACGUCAGAACAAAAUUGGAUGAAGCUCUGUGAGCGAGCUGUUGAUGUAAAAGAUAUGUGGUGGCUGUAUCUCAACGAUGGCUCAGGAUCCUCGCGUGGGUUAGGUACUCCUAUUGGUGUGGAAAAAAAGAGUGAUGAAAGUCUGGAAGUGAGUGCAUAUGGUUUGGAGUCGCCACUACAUUUCAAGAAUUCUACACCAGUGAGGGAAAUGCCCAGGAGAAAGAGCAGCCUCCAUGAUGAGCUUUGUGUAAAUGACUCACCAGCAAGACUGACCUCCACUGAGGACAAUACAAUGAUGUCUUCUAACAAUGUUUACCGAGAUGACUGUUCACCAACUAGUAAACUGCAACGCCUGCUAGCUGAAUCUCGACAGAUGGUUGCUACUCUGGACCGCAACACUCAGCUUCCUCUCGGGUUGUCGUCCUGUCCCACCAGCAACAGCAAUGCGAGGGAUGGUGGUUCACUCUAAAGUAAGAAAAUACCAUUCAGUGAAUGUUACUCCUGCUUGAUGAGGUAUAAUGACAGGAGAUUUUCAAAGUGGAGUAAAUGGUAAAACAAGGUUCUUAGCUGCAAAGGAAAAGAUAUUGAACCUACAAGUUGAAUUACAAUUACACAAUGUUUACUAAUGGACCAGAUACUGAUUUGUUUUCGAGGAUGCAGAUAUGAAAAUUGGAAAAAAAAUAAAUGGGAGCAAUUGUUCCUGCACAAUGACUAAAAUAGUAUUUCAAAUUACAUGCUUCAUUUUCAUGUGUCCAUCACAUUUUCACAUGUAUAUUUGGUCAAGUUAGUUAUAGCAUUUCUACUGAAAGUAGAUGUGAAAAUUGUGUUCAGCAUGGUGCUUUGAGUAAAAUCUCAAUUUCUACAAAUUAUGAGGUUUUUGUAAAUAACUUAGGAAAUAUAGUUGUUUAUAAUCUAUUUCAACAAAAACUGGGUAACAAAAUUUGGACCUCUGAAAAAUGAAGAUAGGGCUGUGUUAUAGUAUGAAAUCAUUACUGUUGUUGAAGCUUCAUUCUUUUCAGAUGGAGGGAGAGUUUCCCUUACAAACUGAGAAGAGUAAAUUGGUAAUUAUUUCUACAAAUUGUUGUUUGAUACUAAAUCAAAAUCUUUCAAACCAUUUGUGGCAAAUGCAUUCAGACCAGAACAAAAGAAACCAGAUUCUCAAUGUAUAGAUUUAAAAAUUCCCAAUCCUGCUAAUUUUUAGAGAAGUAUAAGGACCAAGGUACAUUGGCUUGAUUAAAUCAUAACGCUCAGGGAUUGAGGUAUAACUGUUCCAACACUCCACACUAUUUAGUGUCGUAAGCGGGAGAAGAGAAGCAUUGAAGAGUUUUCUUUCACCACAACAUAAAUAAGCCUGCUAGUUACAGUAUGUAGGCAUUCUCUUUCAAGAUACUCAGCUUCGGUCAUAGGUAUGAAAUGCAAGUGAUAGCGACAGAUAAAAAAAAUACAACUGCAGGGAACCAUGAACAUGAAGAGGAAUCUUUGGCAUUUGCAAUGAAUUUCAUUGCAGGUAAUUAUUUCAGGAAUUGGAUGAUUGAUGUGAAAGAGUUCCUGAUCUACUAGGCCCCUUUUCACUUUAAAUGCUUCUGGAAUGGGUAGAAUAAUAAUUCUUUAGAGGUUUAGAAACUUUGUAGCAUUUGUUUAAAAAUCCCUGUUCUGAUUCCCCAUUUUGUAUAGCUGUAAUAUAAGCCCAGUAAAUUUCAGUUUCUCAGUCACUUUCUGACAGCUCUGAACAUUUUCUGAUGCACAAGAACUUCAAACAAGGAAUCUAAUAUAGGAAGGCAGAAAUUUAAAGUAACAAUUCAUUAUGCAGAAUUUCUUAAGUACAUUUGAUCUGUCAAAUAUUCAUUGUAAGUUUAUCAUUAGGCCAUCAAGUAGCAUUCAGUCUCUAGAAUAAUUAUAGUUCUCUCCAUAUUUUAUAUGUAAGCAAGUUGUAAUUUAUAUUUAAGUAUGUUUGCUUUUAUACAAGAUAUCAGAACCUGAGCAGGCAAAUAACCCUGAAGGUUGUUCUGAAAUUCAAAUACAUCUCUGGCCACCUUUCAUCUAAACUCCACUGGCGCAUACUUAUUGUUUCCCCUACAUUCCAAAAGUUCACAGAUCUUGGUCCUGAAUCCACUCAACAAAUAAAAACCAUGAUUACCCUGUAGUGAAUUACAAAUAAUUCAGACUCCUUGUUAUAGACUUUCCAGCCAAGGAAAGCAAACACAAUAAGCCCUCUGAGGCCCGCUCCCAAGCAGUGAACUUCCCAUGAGAAGUUGAUCAAUUUUUUGGGCAAAUGAAAGGAAAAAGCCACACUCAAAGUACAAUCUAAAUCCUCUGGUCACUUUCAAUUCACACUUUAGUAUGAGUGCUCUGUAGUGAUCAGGAGUGAUGUUGCUCUAGCAGAAAAGGCAAUUAUUGACCUGGUGGAGAUCAGCAUGUGUAGGGAUUUAAAGGAUUCUUUCAUCUAGGUAGAUUGGUAGAACACUGAAUUAAUUCUACUAUAUUUAAAAAAAUCAUGCAGGAAAGACAUUCUGUCAAAUUAUUUUUUAUUCAAACAUGACCCUUUAAAUAUUGUCCUGUAAAUACUGAAUUAUUUUAAUUUUUUUAAGUUAAUUGUAUAAAUUGUGUUUUUUUUUAUAAUUUGGUGGUCCCUCUAUUGCCUAACUAAUGUAUUCUCUCGUUCAUCUUGCAUAUACCUAUUUAAUAUCAUUAGUGAUUAAUAUAAAUCUCGUCUCUUUCAACUUUUUUCAAAUUUGAUGUUUUAUAUUAGCAGUGUGUAUGCAACAUUUUAUUUAAGUAUCCAGCUAUGUCACUAGAAAAUAUAUAUAGUUUACAUUUUUAAGCAAACCAGUAUUUCUAGAGAUGGAGCAUUCAAUUAGAAUUUAUAACAUCAACUAGAAUGAGGACACUAUCUCCACUGUAUAGAGAAGUGUCACAGAUUCUGCUAGAAUGCUAGUGUGUGUGAAAUGGCAGAGCAAUCACCACACGAGAGAGAAUUAAACUGAAAGAAAUGUUGCCAAAUGAUCCCUGAGGGAAUUGAGCCUCUUCUUGGGUUAACAUUACCAAUACUGGUAAAGGUUAAUUUUCACCAGCCUUUCCUUCCCAAUUGAAGGAUGUAAUUAGAAAACAACCUUUGAGCAACAAUGCAUAUAUUUAUCAUGAACGUAUUUUAUUGCACGGGACAUUGUUCAGUAAUUAAUUAAUUUCUACAUGUAUGUCAUUUUAUAUCUUUUUUGUCAACCUGUACAAUGCAUUUAUAGUUUAACUAAUGUGGUCAAAGUACUUAUUUGCACAUUUAUAAUAGUUCUACCAAUAGAAUUAACUUUUUUUAAACUUAAGUGUUUCCGAGAACUCCGCAAAUUUACUGACUUGUAGCAAUGUAAUUGCAAAUUUUGUACUUGGGAUUUUUUAACAUAAAAGUUUAUUUAUGUAUGAAAAAGUGUACCUUUAUUGCUUUA